UCCAAUUUUUUUAUGAAAAAUUUUACAUUCUGCUUGUGGAGCGUCAGUCUUUGAAAGCCUUGUGAAAACUCCACGCGCGUUUGAUAUAUUAAGAAAAUCGCCGAAACAUUUAGGACGGAUAAUCCGAAUCGAUCAAGGGUCUCUGUUAGAUACAGAAGAAUCGUCGAUGCAUCUUCGAUUUUACCGGUAAUUUUAUCGAUUUGUUUCUUCGAGCACAAAUGAAUAAUAUCGGACGGAAUAAAAAUUUCGUGAAAAUUGUAAUAUGUCGUAGAAAUGAUGUCGUUAGCUAUGGUGGAACAACGUAUUUCGUAUUAGCUGGAAAAAACUGAGCACGCUUCGCUUAAAUACUUUCACUGAAAACGGUACUAAUAACAGGAAUGAUUACGUUUCGUUUAUAGAGUACAGGACGCGGAAUACAGACGCGGGUCAGAGUUGUUUGUAUCUUUUUGUCGUCUGCGAGAAUAACGGGGGAAAUCUCGUGAGAAGCCAUUUCAACGAGGAGGAGAAUUAUUUGUGCCUGAAGCACGUGACACCGGCAAUCCGAAGCGAAAUGCAAAAGGUACAAUUGCAAGAAUAAUUGCCGACUCGUUUGUUUUCUCGGUUCUUAAAAUGGGAUCAUUACAAAGUACUGCUUACUUUCGUGGCAGAGAAAGAGAAACGAAGAGACAAGUAGGCGGAGAGUAUGUUUUUCUCACGUAAUUAGCCACUUCGAGCAAGAAACGACUCUGGAUAGGAAAGGAAAUGGUUCUGUCGGGAACACGAAAGGAACGUUUUCGCUGAAAAAAAAAGGAAAAUAAUUAACCGUACUUUUUUCAUCGUAUAAACACCUCUUAUUUCUUAAAGUUCUAUCCGGGGUUUAAAUAUUUCAACUUGAGGAAACGAAGUGGUAUCUUCUGCGCUUUUAAGCUAAUAGAAAAAAAUUGUAAAUAUAAAACAAGCAACUAAAAUGUACGGGGCGUUUUCCCAAAGAAAUUAUCGAGUCCGACGUAGGAGUUGGUUUAUAAACUUGGUCUCGGUGAAGUUGAAGAAUAUAAAAAGCAUCGAACACGUAACCGGCCUAACGGUGAAUAAUUAAGGCGCUUUGCGUUGAGAUGUUUUAAACAACGCUGACGUCUUUUUUAAAAAAAUCUAGUCGACGUUUAUUCGACCAAAUGUUUUAAAACCACGAUGGAAAUGGGAAUAACUUUAGAAGCCAACGGAAAACUUUACUAAACCCUUCAAGUUUUCAAGUAUGGACGUUGAUGCCGGAAUUUAUCACCAUCUUUUUAUCACGUCAGCAAUGAACUGAUCACGUGUUUCAAGUACGUGACUGCAAUGUAAACUUCUCAAUGCCGAAACUUUAUCGAGUCGGACAAAUUUUGGGAAAUUUAUCCAAGAACUACAUAUCGCUCUAUGACUGUAGAAGGAAACGAGAUUACAGGCUUCGGCUUUGAUCACCUGUUCAUACCCUCCGUGGUUGUUUCCGAUCGAUAACCGGAUUUCGAGAUAGUAUUUUAAUCGUAGACCGUUGCAGUUUCAUCAGAUAUUACGUGUAAUCACAUUUAGAGCAUCACCGUCCCGGUAUUCGUGUGAUUAAACUAUCUUCGUAAGUUACAGGCUCGACGUUGUCCCUUGACGAUGUUGAAGCGAUAUAUUUUAAACGAUAAAUUACGAUAAAUUGCAAAAAAAUACAUAAAAACGUUGUCUUUUUUGGAAAGAGUGUGGAAAUUACACGGACUGGAAAUAGGCGCGUGAAAAGAGGAGAAAAGUAUUGGUACCCGAAACGAUACAAGUAUAGUAGAAGAUAGAAACUUUACCGGCAGAGUUUGAAUUCGUUCAUGUUAGGCGGAAGUAGAGCAACGGAAGGCAAAGUAGAGCAGUUCCCGGAGAGAAAUAGUUCUCAAAGAAAUAUCUACUAUGUAAUACAUGACUUUGCUUUAAAUUGUACAAAGGCCCCUUUAGCGAUAUAACAUUUGGUGCGAAUACGCGUACUCUUCGGUGCUGCAAUCUCUAAUACACUAUGUUUCCCUUUGAAAAAUAUGUACAGAGUAGGUCUCUAGGUAAAGGUACAUACGUAUAUGACACGUUAUUCGCAUAUGCAAAAUUCUACAUAAAAAUAUACCUAUGUAUAUAUAGAGAAGAUAUACAUGUAAUGCGCAUAGUAAAUAACUGAUUUGACCGCAAUUUACUAAUAUAAUAAUAAUUUAAUUUAACGAUAUAAUACGUGGAAACUAAAGACAAAAUUUGGAAAAUUGUACGAGCGAUCGUACAAAGAGCGGCAGUUCUCGUUGGAUACGUCUCUAAAAUGUUUGCAGCUGGAAAUCAAAAAACGGAAUAUUACGGUAUUUCUCGUAUCGAUAUGGCUAGAAAUUUCGAAAUGCUUGCGCUUAUUAAUCGGUUUGUAAAUUACCUCUAUCCAGUUUGCUUGUUAAACAGCGAUACGCGCACGAAAAGCCUACCAUUCAAUUGCGAUUAGUGGACUUCUCUAUCGAACGAUGGUAUAUUUCCCUCAAAUAGACUAUAGAACGAUCCGAUAAUUCCAUUACGCAGGCUAGUAACGGUAUAAAGCUUCUCCUUAUACCGUCAUCGUCCGAGGACGCUCGUGUCAUUCGAAUAUUGGUAUUCACACAAAUCUCGACUUUUUACAUCGCUAAUCGUUUACGAUACAAAACAACUUUCUCGAAAGAUGUUCUCGUGGCAGAAGUAUUUUAAACGUUCAAUACCCCAAUUCUAGUCUACUAUUCUCUUUGCAACAUUUUUUCUAGCGGCAGAGUUUCUAGUCACAAACUAAGUACAUACUGGUUGUUUAUCUUUGGAGUUCGGUCUGAUUUUUAUAGCGGCUGUAUAACGUGCGUCGAUACAAUGAUCGAGCGAAAAUUACGAUCUCCAAAUUUCAAAGAUGUACGAUCGGACGUUUGAAUACUUCCUCUGACUUAUGAAAGUUGUAGUGUGAUAAUUUUUCAUCGAAGAUAUGGCGAACGAGUGUUUUCCCAGGAUGAUGGUCACAUUUCGAUGACAAAAGAAACGAGGAGGAAAAGAAGAGGAGAGAAAAGAAGAAUAGAGAAGAGAGAGAGAAAGGAGAGAAAGUUCGAGGUGAAACGCGAAGAAACGAAGCUGCAACGACUAUACCAGCGCCACAAGCUUAACCGACAAACUUCGUAACUUGUUUCUUCGUUGAAAAUGCAUCGUGUAAGAUCUACAGACAUCAGAAUACAAAUACGAAAGUACUGCAGCGUUUUGAAACAAGAUUGAAUCUUGUAAUAAGAUUUACGUAACUGUUUAGCGUGUCUAUUUUCGUGCUCUGCAAUGUGCUAUAGAAAAUUCUUAUUUUGCAAGUUGCGUCGCAUCGCGAGAAUCCGCCGGCAAACAAGCGAUUUUCCCAGGCACGGUAUGCCGCGUUGCUUUUUCUCGUAAAUGUUAAUUGCAUCGACUUGACGAAUUCUUGUGGUUCGCGCGAGUCGCUCCAUGAGCCGCUGUUUGCCGCUUACACGCUAUACCAUACGAUAAGUAGUUAGACCGCUUUAAGUUCCAACCAUGGAAAACCAAAACUAGUUUAUAAAGUAAACUUUUAAGUAAACUUUGUGACUCGUUUCUUCCUCGGGAGUGCAUGAUUGCGAAGAAACUUUAUAACAGAUGAAAUAAAUAUAUACAAUGCGAAAUUAUACGUGUAACUUGACUCGAAGAUAGAAUAUAUACGUACAGGGUUUUCAUUUAUACGAAAUUAUUCGUAGAUCGCUCUACUUCGGAAAAUAGCUCGUCGAUCGGAGACGCGUUAUCUUUUCAAAAUCAUAGAUGUUAUUUCGAAUAGAAUUCUAUUCGUUCUUUCGUUCGAAAUAACAAAAUAACUUCAUCGGAUCGGAAAGCUGGUUGUACUUCUCGUAUAUUGUUGCGUAUUAUGUCAAAAGGAUUUUUCAUGUACGUGGUUUGACGUUUGUGAAGUUUUGUGGUAUCUAUAUCGCUUAAGAGCGUUGCUAUUAUAUCGCGGAAACGAUCGCAAGCUUCAAGAUUAUUUCGAAAAAUUUCCAUCGUUCCAGCGUGAUAACUCUGAACUUUUCGUAAUAACAGGCUAAGAAAAGGGUGAAACGAGAACGAAUAAUCGGAAUAAUUCAAUUGACGACGUAAGAGAUAGAAAAUAGCAAAACGAUACGUGUUACUUACAACGGUAAUAGACGCGAUGCUUUCGAUAAACAUCGAAAUAACAAGAGGAAGUAGCGGGAGGAGCGAACAAGAAAUAGUCGGUCCAAUUCUUGAUCCUGACCACUUAACCUUCUUAACUUUAAUCAAUAUAUUUCAGACGGGUCUUCCAUAAUUAGAAUAAUGGAAGGUCUAAUAGAGGUUUCUAUGCGAAUAAGGACGUAAUUGUGGAUGGAAAGUUUAAAAGCAUUCCUGGUGCCUUUGGUGAUUAGAGAGUGCAGUGGGCGCGGUUACUUAGCUAGUUAACUCGUUCGCUCGUGCAGCAAGUCGAAUCGAAAGCACGUUUCGCUGGCACGAUUUCCACCCUCUUGGCUACCAGACAGUCAUUUAUAGUCAAACGUAACGGAUUUCCAAAUAUUAUUGUCGGAUGUCUAUACCCCAUUAUAUGCAUGUUCAUGUAUACGUAUAUCAUGGCAACACGUAUUUCGAACAAACAAAAUUUCAUUUUUUAUCAUAGAUAUGUACAUAUACAGGGUGGUUGGUAACUGGUGGUACAAGCGGAAAGGGGGUGAUUCUACGCGAAAAAAGAAGUCGAAGAUAUAGAAUAAAAAUUUUUCGUUCGAGGCUUUGUUUUCGAGAAAAUCGACUUUGAAUUUUCGCUCGGUACGCGUGCGGUACGUUAUAACGGAUCUCACUGUAGAUCGUUGUCUCGAUGGAAAAAUAAAAAAAAAAAUUUUUAUUCUAUAUUUUCGACUUCUUUUUUCGCGUAGAAUCACUCCCUUUCCGCUUGUACCACCAGUUACCAACCUCCCUGUAUACUCGCGAAUCGGUUACUUACGUGUUUCGAACAAGCGCGCUUUCGUCUUGACGCAUUGGCAUAUUAUACGAAUUAAUGUUAAAACAAUGUAAAAAGAUGCUAAUUAUACUGAAAAUUAUCUAUUUCUAAAAUUUAAAAUUAUAGAUUAAUUCGAAAUAAUGAUUUUAUUUAUCGAGAGAUGGAGAAAAGUGAAAAGAUAACGUAAAAAUGUAGAUUUUAUGGUAACGAAGAAAGUUCUGUCGUUUUUCGGAGUGUGAAACGUAUAAUAAAGUAAUUUUAUUCGUUAAAAAAAUAUUCACCUUUAGGUCGAGUUACUCUCUCACAACGGGAAGGGCAAUGGGAAGGUAAUUAAAAAAUAUCGCCUUUCUAAAAUUCAGAAUUUUUAUCUUCGAAAAAUUGACACACCUUCUUAUUUAUAGUCGUAUCGUUUAUAAAUUGUUUUCCCAGCAUAUAAUUAUCCAAAGAUCGAAAGAGGCGAUAGAAGUUCCCAUCCCAGUAUCUUGCAAAAAUAAAAUUUGUCGACGAUUCGCUAUAAAUGACUGUUUUUUUUUCUUCUUUUCUUAAGUUUGUCAUGUAGUGUUCCUAGUUGCUCACUGUACAAGUUCGCUGUGAGAGUUUGACCAGAAUUCAGAUAUUUGUGGCGAACAAUGUCUCGCGUAGUCCACCAGAUGCGCGUGAGUAUCAGAAUUUUUUGGUUAAUAUAUUAUGAUCUGAAUUAAUAAUAUUAAAAUCGGUCGUUGCGUCAGAAUUUUGCAAAUAAUUGUAUCAUAAUUCUAUAAUCUUCUAUAAUAUUUAUAUGUGUGUGUGUGUGUGUGUGUGUGAAUAAUAUUUUUAAUACUAGUGGCAAAUACGAGCUCAAAGGUGGAAGUAUUUUAACGUUUUAAAUUGCCCAUGACAGGAAUGUUCAGCCGUAUGAUGCGAUAUAUUGCGGAUGAAAUUGUUCGGUAGUGUGAAUUCAACUGAAUUUUAAUAGGACCACAGUGAAAUGUUAGAUAUAAUAGAUGUGUGGAAUUUACGAGCACUUACCAAUCGAAUGUACCGAUGCUCGAUCAAGACAAAUACAUAGCAUGUAAAAAGACUUUUCAUGUUCCAGCAAUAAAUUCAGAAAUAUCUUUAAUAAUCUUUCAUAGAAUAAUAGUAAUUUAGACACGCGCGAACGCGACCAACUAUAUGUAUUAUUUUUUUCGAAUACUUUAACGUAUCGCGUGUGAAGUAAAAUAUUCGAACGGCAUGAAAUUACGUUGAAAAAUGAAUCAUUUUAAUCGCUACCGCUGUAAAAAGAUACGUUGUUUUAAAAUAAUCGUCGACACACCGAUACGAUAUGAAAGAGUACAUGUGAGUUUCGCUAAACACAUGGAACGUAGCGUUGACAGUACUAAUACACUGAAUUUCGUUGCAGUUAUGAACGAUGUCGAUAUAGAAAAUAUUUCAGUGUAUCGAGAAAAUUGGUAUUCACAGAUAUCGUUUUUUUCUACAUAUAUGUUUUACGCUCCUAGAAAUAAACAUACAUACGUAUUUACACAAGAGCAUAUUUUGCGUUUAAUGCAAAUUUUGUGCCUGCUAUGCAUCGUACGAUUUUCUGCUUUUUUUCACAUUUUUGUCUUUAUACCGCGAUUCAUAGAGUUACUGGUUAAAAAAUUGCAAACAAACGAUAUAACGACUGUUAGCUAGCAAUUAACAUUGUGUACAUAGUCGUUGGGAAAAUGGAGAAAAAGUAGAAGAUCGGAUAAAUGCAACAUGUCUGACAUUUGACACAUCAACAGAAAUCCAUAGAUAGCAGAAACCAAACCGUUCGGAAUAGGAGAACCGUGAAAUAAAUUUUUGAGUUUAACUUUACGUUUCGAUCUAUCGCAAAAAUUUCUCCAGUUCGAAGUCAAGAUACAUAACGAUACAUAAAACAUCAAUGAGGAAACGUUUAAUGAAAUAUCGCGGAUCCAUAAAACUUUGUCAAAACGUUCACUACACGAACUCACGCAGUGUACGAGCAGAAAAUUUCCACCAAGUAUCGCAAAGUAUUUUUACUAUAGAAAGAACAUAGAUGUCAGUUUUUAAACGAUGAAAUGAAGUUUAUAAUUUCGAAAUUUUUCGUCACAAUUACGGCAAACGAGAAUAAAUAUGGCAAGUAUAGCGCGUGUACAUCGUACAUGUGACAUGGUAAAAGUUACGGAAAAAAAAAAAUCGACAUGUUUCAUAUACUCGCAACGUUUACACAAGAACGAAAGAAAAUGGUCGUUUUCUAUAAGUAGACGAAGUAUAUUAAUCGCAUAGUAUGCAAACGCAAGGUUGCAUUAUAUUUCAUUUACUUUCCCUUUGCAGUGUAAACAAGCCUCGACUAUCAAAUACCUUUAUAUCGGAUAUACUUGUAUCAGCCUUGUACACGAUACGUGAUGUAUGAUGUACGUUAAUUUAAAAUUAUAGUCGAUAUCGAUAAUUUAUCGAUAAUACGCGACAAAGGCAGGGAAACAGAGUGUGAUAUAACAUAAAAUACUAAACAGUAUUAUGUAUUAUUAAAUCCAUAAAUCUAUAAAUUUACCUUUGUGCCGUAAAUUACAUCGUUAUUUUCAUAACAGUUGUUACACGUAUGAAAAUUAUAACGACAUUUGUGUAGUAUGCGAAGAAUAUAUUUCGGUGACCGCGUGUUAUUAAAUAUCGAUUGGUUUCGUUAUUUAUUAUCUUCAAAUUCGAUUGAAACGAGCAUUGUAACAUAAAUUGGCACGAAAUUCUGCAAAGAUAACGACGCAACUUCUUCGUAAUAAUUUAGUCAUGAAUUUACUUCACCGGUCGAAAGAAGGAUACAUAAUGUUAGUGUUAAAUUAAUAUGGGCCUUUAAUAAGGGCAAAAACCAGUUUCUCCAAAGUUCGUUGCAUGAGAGGUUAAUUACUUAGGCGAUUAAGCUUGCCAGACAAUAAGGCGGCCGGGUUAAACAAGCAGAUUGAUCGAUUUAGCCUUUCUCGUUUCAUUCGCUUUAGCGUUCAAAGCGUACGCCCAUCGACGAAUAUUUGCAUUGUUCCUAAACGUUCCUCUCGAGUCGAUUUUUCUUUCUGUACACGCCGAAUAUUUCUAGCGUUCGCUUCAACUAGAUAAUUUAUUUAGUUUCCGUGAUUAACGCCACUUUUGCCAUUUAUCUAGGAAUUGACCUAAAAUAGCUGUCUCGAUUCGCGACGAAACUAUGGAUUUACCGCCUGAUUUAAGGUACGUAUCUGGUUUCGAAAAGCGUAAAAGUUUUCGAUGUCUCUAUGUUUAACGAGCGACCAAGUUGGGUGAUCCGGUUGAUCAAAGUCGAACGCGAUGAUUAAAUCGAUCACUGGAUGGAAGAAGGUAUAAAAUUCAGUAGAUAUGGUGUAAUAAAUUAGAACGUUUCACCGGUCAAGGGACAUUAGGACCGCGAAAGAUUUAGCGACUACGGAUCCCACGAACGAGGAUAAAGUGAGCCACUCCUACUGCAAAUUGACUUCUUUGAUCUGUCUGGAAAAGAAGGAAAGUCCAGUGAAUCCGUACAAUCGGGUGGACUGGACGAAAAUGAACUCAAAAUGGCCACUUCCGGACACGGACGACAAUGAGAUCAAUGCUGUUAACAGCCUGCCACAACUCGACUGCGGUGCGUUCCCGAAAUCCUACAUGGACACGUGUUCUUGUUGCCCACGGGGGAUCUUUGACAAGCACGAUACCGACACCAUCAACAACUACAGGAGUAUCGUGCUCAAGGACGACGAUUGCUGCAAGACCCACUGGACGAGGAAAGAGCGUUAUCAGAAAAUUAAAGCGAAAGUCGACAGAGCUGUUAAGAGGCACAAAAUAUUUCUGAUACGCGGUGAGUUACCGAAAUUGAAAGAAGCUCUGGAGAAAAGGGGUUGGGUGCAAAAAUACGAAGCUACGAAAACAAGAGCCGUACCUUAUGGUAGCGUAGCCAGCUUAGAAGCAAGAUCGUUGGGCGAUUUGACCCAAUCGGACGGUACCUUAAACGAGAAGGCGGUAAUUUUCGCUUUAUUACGUCACAAAUCGCCAGACUUUAUAUGGGACUGUCGGAACGACUUUGUCGAUUGGCAUCGUGGCUUGAGUAACAAUAUCAUUCUCAACAGAUAUCAAAAACCCUUCGUCUACACUUCAAAGUUAGGAAUGGCUCGUUUGUUGGAGGAAGCUCACUGGCUGUACGAGAAGGACGUGUCGUCGGUAUUAUUCCCUCGAAGUUACAACCUGAGCAGAGAGCCGAAAGCCUUUCUCGAUGAUUUUCGUUUGACCGCCGCCGCUGGUCUGUUGAAAUGGUUCGUCGGAAGAAUGCACGAUGGCCAGGGUUUCUCGGAGUCGGGACAUCGGCCGAUUCUAAUGAGUCGACUGGAGUUUGCCAUAAAACGCUGCGAGGAAUUUAUCGCCCGUGAAAUCCACCAAAACAUAGACAAAGACUUUGUGACCGAGUUUUCCGAAGAGGAAUGGAAUUCCUUUUUGGACGAUUAUACCGCAGCCGUGCACGAGGGAGCUGGAAUCGAGACAACCUCGGAAAAAAGUCGAGAUCAGCUACAAAAAUAUCUAGAGGCGACGAAUCCGAUACUGGCAAGAUUGAAGGAGAUAGAUCCGCAAUACGAAUUAAACGGAAUGAGAAAUAUAUGGAUAUUAAAACCGAGCGAACUUUGUUGCGGUACGGGAAUCAGCAUAUCUCACAGUUUAAAGGAUAUAUUUCGAAAGAUAAAAAGCAGACCAAAGGAUUACUUCAUUGUUCAGAAGUACAUUGAACGUCCGUUGUUGAUUCACGAUACGAAAUUCGACAUAAGGCAGUGGUAUUUGGUUACAAAUACAUUUCCCAUGACAAUAUGGGUGUUCAAGGAAGGACUCUUACGAUUCAGCUCGAAACCCUACACUUUCUCAACUUAUCACGAAGCGAUUCAUAUCUGCAAUACCGCCAUUCAGGAGAAAUACGACGAGGAGAGGAGGAGACGGAGAAAACGUGGAAAUUCGGAGGAAGUCGUAAAAUCGAUUCGCGAUCAAGGAUGGGACUGCGAGAAGCUGAACGAAUAUUUAAAGCAAACGGGGCUCGACGGCGAACCGUAUUACGACAAGAUCUAUACGAAAAUGUCGGAAGCCAUAGUUCUGACGAUGCUGGCCUCCCAGGAGCACAUGGACAGACGACGGUGUAGUUUCGAGCUAUACGGGGCCGAUUUCGUCGUGAUGGAGGACCUUUCGGUUUGGUUGAUCGAGAUCAACACGAAUCCCCGGAUGCAUCCUCCUAGCUCGAGAAUUACCAAACGCCUCUAUUCCAAUGUUCUCGAAAGCUUGGUGAAAGUGGUAAUGGAUGUACCGGUGAAUCCGGCAGCGGACACGGGUGGUUUCAGUCUGGUAUACAAGCAAAAUAUACCCGACUUCCGACCUUAUCUCGGUCCUUGCCUGUUCGUGUUUGGCAAGUCGAUAACGUUGCAAGAACAUCCGCGGAAACGAGAGAAGAGAAAGAAAGGAGGAACCGGUUGGGUGAAACAGCAGCAUCAGCAGCAACAACAACCCCGUGCGUGGACCGCCCCACCGAUGAUUCCACGAUUGAGGGAGCCGAAAAUAGUCGACUUUAUCGACUACUUGAACACCGCCCGCUGUACAGCCGCCAACUGAUAUCCCGCCGUUAAGUAGCUAUCGCGACAUUAGGCCGGUGCAUUCGGUCGAUAUUCGAUUGAUCGUUGCACGAUAUUUAAUAAAUCAAAAUGUAGGGGGCAAAGCGUAUCUUCUAGUUAAAACUCGUAAACGCCAGGUACACGCGAAGAAUCGCGGGAAAAUCGUUAAAGUUGCGACGACCCAGUUUUUUCACAGAGAGCCGAACAUCGAAACAAUUUUGGUAGAUGCUCGCGUUCGUCCUCCAUCGCGACCAGUUGAAAAAAAACAACAAAAAGGUCUACUCUCUCUUUGCAGGAAGUUCCUCGCCACGAACGUUGCGUCAUAUUCAUAUAGCUUGGCGAUUUCGUCACGCUGGUGGUGGCGUAUGGAUGAAAAUUCUGUUACACGUUUUGUCGCAACCUAGGAUAUUCGGGCUGGCUACGAUUUUACGAUUCUUCCUUGUUUAUCCGGUUUGCUCGAGACCGCGUGCACGCGCAGCUUUCCAAGAAAAGUCAGCUACACCCAGCUGUAAUUAACGUACACAAGAUAAAAGAAAUAAUCAACUAUGCCAUUAACGAAUCGUCGUUUCUUACGUCGCUUCCUGUAAGAAAUAUCGAUCCAUCGUAGUCGCUCGAACUAAACAGACGAAUCCACUUUCCUCGUCAAACUCUUUCAUCGCUACUCGCGGUAUAGACGAAUGAAACGGUUCCUCGGGUUUCGUUCGAUUUGCGCGACCAAAUGCACGAUCCGUACCAAUUAUACGUUUCGGCGAGAAUCUAACCUGUCGCUUUUGUAACCUUAAACAUAUACCUCGCAGUUCGCCAUGCAACGAAACCAAUGCCCGGAUUGUUUUUCAGAUAUAACAAGGUAGCAAUAACAGUUAAGUAACAAGUUCAAACCUUUGAACCGCCACACGGAAACUCCGUUGUACGAUUCAAUCACAUUUUUCAUUGAAAUAAACUAGCAAAGCGGAUUACAAUCUGUGCUUUUACUUGUUGAUUUGGGUAUACAGCGAACGAAGGAAAAAGAAUAUACCGUUCCUCUUGCCACGUUUCGACAGAUUCCGGUCUAGAGAGAAAGUCAAAAGAUAAAGACGAUCGUUUUAUUGAUAUGUACAUACAAUGAAUUUAUUUACAAAUAAUACAAUAAAUUUUGACGUCGUAAGUUAUUCGUUCUUGAUGAUAUAUCUUAACAAAAUACUACGUUUUUACCGAUUAUUGUGCCGUGCUGAUAUUCGAAAACUCUUUGGUCACGGAAAUUUAAUGAAAAUGUAGGUAAUAUU